UUCAUCUGUCUCCACUCGGUAGUCCAUUCUUCACUCAAAAACACCAAACCAAACCUCCCAAGUCACCCAACCAUCAAAACAAAACACAAACCCAGCAUCCUCCUUCCUUCACUUCUCCAAAGAACCAUCCUGAGCAACCGAGGAUCAGGAAAUCUUCAAAGUUCAAACACAGACAGCUAUAGGCAGAGAGAGAGAAAGAGAGAGAUGAGGGCCAGUAACAGUUUGAUCGGAGCCAUAAAUUUCUUGACGUUUCUACUGUCGAUUCCCAUACUGGGAGGAGGGAUAUGGCUGAGCAGCAAGGCCAACACUACCGACUGCAUGAGGUUCCUGCAGUGGCCUUUGAUCAUCAUCGGCGUCUCCAUCAUGGUCAUCUCCCUCGCCGGCUUUGCCGGUGCCUGCUACCGUAACACCUUCCUCUUGUGGCUCUACCUCUUUGCCAUGUUCUUCAUCAUCGCCGCCUUGAUCGGCUUCGUCAUCUUCGCUUACGUCGUCACGGACAAGGGCUCGGGCCGUGUCGUCAUGAACCGGGCUUACUUUGAUUACUACCUCUCCGACUACUCCGGCUGGCUCCGAGAUCGCAUCGACGAUGACAGCUACUGGGCCAAGAUCAGCUCUUGUAUCAGGGACUCCAAGGUCUGCGGGAAGAUGGUUCGCCAGUAUAAUGGAGUACCCGAGACUGCUGACAUGUUCUAUCUCAGAAAGCUCAGCCCUAUCCAGUCCGGUUGCUGCAAGCCACCCACGGAGUGUGGGUACGUGUACUCGAACGAGACCGUGUGGAACCAGGGAGCAGGGUUGAUGGGGACAAACUCGGAUUGCUUGAAGUGGAGCAACGAUCAGGAGCAGCUCUGCUACGCCUGCGACUCGUGCAAGGCGGGUGUGCUGGCAAGCCUGAAGAGGAGCUGGAGGAAGGUCUCGGUGAUCAACAUUGUGGUGCUCAUCAUCCUGGUCAUCGUCUACAUCAUCGGCUGCGCCGCCUUCAGAAACAACCGGAGAAUCGACAACGACGAGCCUUACGGCAUGGCCAGGAUGACAAAGGCUCAGCCUAGUAGGAUUCACUUCUAAUUCUCGCUUCGUCCUUUUUCUUUGUAACUUUCUUGUAUGGAGAAUGAAUAGAAUAGAUCAAUGAGUUCAUCAGUUGGAUUGGUUCCUCUUUUUUUGCUAUGUUCUAAGACCAAUUUUUUUUUUUUUUUUUGUCUAUAGCUUUGGUUGUUUCUUUGUAUGAAGAAAUUGAAAUUUGAUGGGUUUCUGUGAUAGUCAUUAAUUAAAAGUCUCAAUUAUUCUGUUGUGA